AAAUACGAAAAUCACGAAGAAAGAUUUUAGCAGAGCUUAAAAUGACCUAGAUCUAAUUUUAAAGUUAUUAGGGCAUUCUUCUUUUAGUUGAGAUUGCUGAAAUGGUGUCUUAUUACUGUACUCAUUACUAUACACAUUUUAAUCACUACUUGCAGUAGAAAUUAUUAAACGGAUUUAUAGUUAUAUAGAAAAAAGAAUCAUUCCAUUGAACCAGCUAUUAGUUGAACCUUCAAAACAAAAUGGCUAUAUUUGGUGUUCAGCUGGUUGUAACAAUGAUCAUGGCGAGUAUUUUGCAAAAAAUUUCUGCUCAUUUUUCCAUUGCUAGAUGGCUAUUAUCUCACAGACUUAUUCGUUAUCUUCAUCCAACUGAUGAAGAAUUGCUAUCAGUUGCUGGCUUGCAAAGAAAACCAAAUCUAGAGAAAUCAAAGAAAAAAGGUAAAAAUAGACGAGAUGAUUCUGGUGAUUCAGAAUUCAUGGUACCUAAGAAUCUAGAGCUUCAGUUGGAUGUGGCAGCAGUUCAGCCAGUUGACAUGAUUCAACUCCAUUAUUAUUCAGAAUACCAAUGGCUGUUGGAUUUUGCACUGUGUACAAUUAUUGUCUAUACUGUUACAGAAAUAUACUAUUAUCUUAUACCUGCUAAAGAUGAAGUUAACCUCAGUAUAUUAUGGUGCAUAUUGGUCAUAGGUUUUGCUGUUAAAAUAUUGCUGUCACUCACAGCAUUAUAUUUUAGAGGAGAAGAGGCUGUAGGUGAGCGGUCCUUGUGUUUGACUGCAGGUUUUCUUUUCUUUUUCAUUGCAAUGGUAGUUCUCAUUGCAGAUGAAAAUUUCUUAGAGUUUGGAUUAGAACCUGCAUAUGCAAGUUUUAAUUCAAGUGCCCAUACAUUUUUGAAGGAUCAAGGGUUGGAUUCAAGUGGUCCUGCAUCAAAGCUUAUGUUCAAGUUAGGCUUGGCAUUAUGGUGUGGAAUGUUUGGCUCAUUUUUCACUUUUCCUGGUUUACGUUUUGCAAGAAUGCAUAAAGAUGCAUUGAAAUACUGUGCAGAGAGACCAUUUUUAAAGAUGCUUCUUCAUGUGAGUUUUAUUUCACCUUUACUUAUUGUUCUAAUGUGGGUAAGACCAGUGGCACGUCACUACUUUACUGAACGAUCUUGGCCCGGUAUUCCCGUUUUAAUGACAUCUGAUACCUUCGAUACAACACGCCUGCUACUGAUUGUGGGUAUUGUAGCUGUGAGAUUACUCUUAAUGCCACACUACUUACAGUCAUAUUUAAACAUGGCACCAGAGAAAUUGAAAGAAUUGAGAAAGGAAGCUGGCAAAAUUAGCAAUAUUGACUUACAAAAAAUGGUUGCAAGAGUUUUUUACUACUUGUGUGUUGUUACCCUCCAAUACUUAACACCAUUAAUGUUGUGUUUAUUUAUGACUCUCAUGCUGAAAACUUUAGGUGAUUAUCGAUGGGGAAGUUUUAUUGAGGCAAAUACUCCAAAUGAAUCUGUCAAUACAGCUGCAAAAAUUGCUUUACCUGUUGCAGACGAUAUCUUGGAAUCUAGUCAGCAAAUUUCAUUGACACUUCUGAGUCUAAAGAAGGUUUUUACUCCUGUUUUGUAUCGUGGAAUCUUAGGCUUCAUGACGUGGUGGCUGUGUACUGUUUGGUUUGGAACUAGUGCAAUGGGUUUGAUUUAUUAUUCAUAUUGCACCUGAUCUAUGUUUGUUAAUGGAUUUAGUAAUACGCCAAAACCAUUAUAGGUGAAUUUAAAUUCAUCAUACUCAUUGUUUUUCUAUGUGUGGUUUUAUAAUUUCCUAUGACCUUGAACAACCCCAAUUGUUUAUUAAAAAAUGCAUGACUUUUUAAUCUUAUAAAAUUAUUGAAUUCACCUAAUGUGCCGGAAUGAGAAAUUAGAUUUUUUUUUUAAUACUUUAACUAGAAUUUUUUAUAUCUUUACUAUACAUACAUAUUUAUAACACACAUAGCUGUUCAUUGUACCCAGUGGUUAAAAAUUUGGGUUUAAUUGUUGAUAUUUUCUCUAAUAAAAUCAAUAACCAUCAAGGCAUAUGAUUAAUUCAAACUUAUAUAUAUUAAUGCUCUUUAAAAAAUACAAUAGCUGGCAGCUACGCACAUGUAUUGUUUGCAAUUUUUACAUAUUGAGUUGCCUGUACAUUGGUUAGGAACCACAAAAAAGGGCAACUUGUAGUACACUUUUAAAAAUUCCUGAGUAAUCUAUACAUGUUAAGUCAACAAAAUGAAAAAGUAAUUGCCCUUGGCUGUUUUUUUAUUUUUGGAAACUCUUUUACCUAGAGAAAUGAAAAAACCACAGUUUACGUGCUUAAAUUUAAAAAAAACUUAUCUGCAUAAUUUUAUACUAUAUGAACAAUUCAUUGAGCAUUAAAAUGUUUUUAAAAAUAUUGCCAAUUUCAAUAGGUUUUUCCACCUAGAUAAAAAUCAUUGAAAUUAAUGAAUUUUCCCAAUUUUCAAGAAUGUAGGGUUGGAGUAACUUUAAUAUCAAGCACUUUUCACUUUUAGAAAACUGUGGCUUUUUUUCAUUUUGCACCUUUUUUAAAGUCAGUAUAACUGAACAGUCAGCAGUAAUUGUAGCAAAUUUUCGAUAUUUAUAUAUAUAUAAAAAAAAGCAUAUUCGCUAAAAUGAUUUUUCACAUACUGCUCUUUAUUUCAUACGAGAGUGGAGUUCAAUAAUAUGAACAGAUCGAAUCAUCAAAUUAAUUACUCAACACUACAAAAUAUAAUCAUUAAGGUUCAAAGGACAAUAUAGACUAAAGUUCUUAAUAGUUAAGUCACAAGAGUAGUUAAAAGAUUGAUACCUUUAAUGCUAUUGUUACAAUUAGUCUUUUACACCAUACCUGGAAAACUACUUGUGCUGGCAUAGCUUUUAAACCCAGAUUUCCUUUAGUUUUUAGUAUGUAUUUCAAAUAUUUUAUAGUUCAUUUCUUCAUAAUGUAAUAAUUUCUCAAUCUUUUUCAUUUUUAAAUAAUUUUUUAAGUUUGACGUUCUCUUUAAGACGUUAAGUUUGAUCUCUUUUUUUUUUACCAAUUUUUUUGAAACACAUCAGGCAAUAAAAAUAAACACUAAUUUUGAGGAUUUUAGAAAAUCUAUGGUUUAUUACUCAUUUCAAGGUAUGCUGCAUUUAAAUUAUUCACUUGUGAACUUGCAUCUAAUUUAUAUCAUAAGUUUUAUACAGAUUUGUGCAAUGCUGUAAAUAAAAUUAUUAUUCCUAAUAAAUUAUUUAUAUUAUA